AUGGAUAACCCAGACCUACCAAAUAAUUUUUUCGACGCCCAGCGCCGUUUUUUUAAUCUUGAAGGCAAACUUAUGAAGGAUAAAGAACUCGCCAUGACCUAUGGGUCGGUCAUCGAUACUUACGUCAACUUAAAACACGCGCGUAAGUUGUCCCGAAAGGAAGUCGACUCCGGACCGGUUGGUCGAACGUGGUAUUGCCCUCAUCAUCCAGUCUUCAACCCAAACAAACCGAAAAAGUGCAGAAUAGUGUUCGAUCUGUCAGCCAAAUACAAAGGAAUAUGCCUCAACGACGUUCUUCUGAAAGGUCCAGACCUCCUGACGAAUCUCAUUGGUAUUCUCCUCCGUUUCAGGCAGCACGCAAUUCCGGUCGUCGCUGAUGUCGAGAAAAUGCUCCACCAAGUACGAGUGAGACCUUCUGACGGGCCGGCCUUCCGCUUCGUCUGGCGUGAACCGGGUAGUACGCAGCUCCCAGAUAUCUACCAAAUGGACGUACAUCUCUUCGGCGUCGUUUCGUCACCGGCCGUGUGUGCUAACACCUUGCAACGCGCCGUGAAAGAUAGUGAAAACGCAGUGCCCUUGCUACAACAGAUCACUCGUCAUUUUUACGUGGACAACUGGUUAGCAUCGUUCCCUUCUACUACCGAAGCUAUUGCGACCGCCCAUACAUUGACCGAAGCGUUAAAGGUUGGUGGGUUCCCAUUGACUCAAUGGGCUACUUCCGACGAAACCGUGAGGCAAGCACUUCCCGGGCAACAACAAACGGGAGUUUCUGUGAACAUGGACUUAGACGCGGAGCCGAUUGAGAGAACUUUCGGGUUAGUCUGGGACUUCCGUCAUGAUGUCUUUAUCCUCGGUGCUAGGGCGGAGUCAGGUGGAAGGACUAAAAGGGACUUAUUGAAAUCCAUCUUCAGCAUUUUUGACCCUCUCGGUUUCUUAGCCCCAAUAGUCUUUCAAGCUAAAGUCCUCAUGCUAGAUAUAUGGCGCCGUAAAUUUGACUGGGAUGACGAACUUAGCCAAGAUCUCAUCGACCGCUGGAUCCGAUGGACGGAAACAUUAACUUCACUUUCUAAACUCGUCCUGGAAAGAUGCAUUUCUCCGCGGCGAAACGAUCUUACGACGACUGAACUGCACGUUUUCGGAGAUGCAUCCGAAAUGGGUUUUGGCGCCGUCGCUUACGUCCGCUUCUUAUUCAGCGAUGGGACGGCUAGCGUAAAGUUCAUCAUCUCAAAGGCCAGAGUCGCUCCCUUGAAAUUCCUAACGAUCCCGCGUUUGGAACUCAACGCCGCCGUCCUCACCACACGUCUCAGCGUACAAGUAAGCAUGGAGCACGAUCUUGUCUUUGACCAGACCUUUUACUGGACGGACUCCACGACCGUUCUUAGCUGGAUAAACUCACGCAACUGCCGUUUUAACAACUACGUUGGGAAUCGUGUGGGCGAGAUAUUCGAAAGCUCGGCCCCGGAUCAGUGGAAUUACGUCCCAAGCGCGAGUAAUCCCGCUGACGAUGCCAGCCUUGGUUUGGAUCCUUCCGAAUUCACCAUCGACCACCGUUGGUUUUCUGGACCACCCUUUCUUCAAGGUCUCGAAGAGUGGCCUAAACUUCAACCAUUACCAGUAAUAGAUGAAAGGGAUCCGGAAAUCAGGGAAACAACUUGGGUCGGACUAGUACACCGAGAAAUCGACGGAAUUGACCUCCUUAUCCAACGAAAGUCAAAACCACAAAUCAUUAUCAAUACCGUCGCUUAUCUCUUCCGUUUCAUCCGGAACGUCCGUCAAAGAAAUCGUGAUAAGCGAGCGACAAGUGGGCUUUCAUCCGAUGAAGUGCAAAUCGGAAAAUCCUUUAUCCUCCGUCACAUGCAAUCAAACGUGUACCACCAGGAGGUGAGCGAUUUACGGGCCGGCCGCCAAAUUGACAAGAACUCCAAAUUAAUCAAAUUUGCUCCAUAUCUUGACCAUCGAGGUUAUAUGUGUGUUGGCGGACGAAUCGGAAAAGCACCACUUCCGAUCGCCCAAUUGACACUCGCCACCCGAUCAUUCUCCCCCGUUCUGAGCGAAUGA